UUCAUCAGAUUCAUCAGAGCGAAUCCACUCUAGUCUUAGAGGUAACCCAGAGUUAAAAAUGGCAUUCGCCGGAGUUCUGAGUGACGCUGACAUCACUGCAGCCCUUGCAGCUUGCCAAGCUGCCGACUCUUUCAAGCACAAGGAUUUCUUUGCUAAGGUCGGCCUGGCAGCCAAGUCCGCCGAUGACAUCAAGAAGGCCUUCGCCAUCAUCGACCAGGACAAGAGUGGCUUCAUUGAGGAGGAGGAGCUGAAGCUGUUCCUGCAGAACUUCUCUGCCGGUGCCAGAGCUCUGACCGACGCUGAGACCAAGACUUUCCUCAAGGCCGGUGACUCUGAUGGUGAUGGCAAGAUCGGAGUUGAUGAGUUCGCUGCCAUGGUCAAGCAUUAAAUGAAUGAAAUGACCAACAUCUUACUUCACAACUCUAAAGGAACAACUUGAGCCAAGACGUACUCCUCCACUCUUCUCCUCUUCCCUCUCACUCUCUCUCAAAUCUCCACACCACUUUUAUACACAUGACCUUCCACCCCCGACCAUAAACUACCUGCUCCCUCUCUCUCUCUCUCUCUCUCUGGCCCUGCUCACAUCUUUGCUGUCCACAUUGAAUGUACCUGACUAAGUGUAUAGCAUGGUUGACUUGUGUCUUUUUCUCUCUCUCUCUCACUUCUGUCGUCGUUUUAGUCUGUGAGUUUUGCUUACUGUGAGAUCAGUGAUGAUGCACUUUUAUGGGAAACGGACGGACGAUGGGAAAACA